CGGUACCUAAUUACGCAUUCGAUAACAGAAUAACUUAGAGUCCGCACGUAUAUAUAGUACUGCUCCCGUUGACCUCUACUUAUUUCUAUUCGGUUCGGUGCCACUUCAUUGUCUAUAAAACAGAUUGAAAUAAAAAUGGGCUCUAAAGUCUAUUACGUUCUAAUGCUGGCUCUUUCAUUUUAUGUUGUGCAAUUGUGUGCGUUUCCGAGAAACAGUGUGGCGUUUGAAAAACAACAUGAAUCACUUCCACAUGCAGAUUAUAUCGUGACACAGAAGACAGAAUCACACGAAAAGACUACUGCAGAACCAAAACUGCCAGGACGAAUUUGGUGCCAAUAUGAAGAAGUAACAGAGGACGCUAUUUGUCAAGAGCACUGCAUACCCAAAGGAUAUUCAUACGGAUUAUGUAUCAGCAACACUUGUAGCUGUAUAUAAUAUAAAAUGACAGUUAAUAAAAAAGAUAAUUCUAAAACAUAUUUAUUCCUCAAAAGUCUUAUAUUUAAACGUUGUACCAAAAUAUCUUGGAUAUUAGAAUUUCGGCUAACUCCAUGUGGGUUAGAAUAUUCUGAUAAAUCUUCAGUUGGAGUUGUUUCUCAAUAAAACUAAAAUAUUUGGAUAAUCCUACGUUUAUACCUUCUAAUUUAGUGUACCUACAUAGACAAUGUUAACAACUAGUGUUUAGUUUAUAUUAUAUUGAUUCUAAGGGUCACAUGUCAUGUAGAAUAAAUCAGCAAUUAAAAUUUCUUUUCUUUAACA